AAAUGGUGAGGAAAAUGGAAGUUGUGUUUCUUCAGGAUCCAGCGAAAUAAUUGCUGACUGUGAAAGUGUUAAGUCCAAACACUGUCCGAAUUCUGAUGAAAUUCAGAAUUUAAGUUCACCGGAGAAGGGAGCGACAGUCAAGAAAAGCAUAGACUUCAACAGAUCAAGCUUUCUAGAAGAAUAUAAUUUCAGUCCUGCAGAAAAGGAAACACUAAUGAAAAUUGCUAUUCCUGAAAUUCUCGAAAUCUGGCUGGAGGAGUCUGCCGAAGACUUUCGUCAAGUUCCAACUUACUCUUGUCUCCGGAAGGUACUUUCCUACUUGAACCAAACAGUGCCAGGGUCAGAUGCUGAACAUCGGGCCCAGAAACUCCUGAGUCGGUUUUUGGCGGAGGAAACAGCGGAGAAAGAGAUGUUCAAAGGCUACCGUAGAAGAGUCAGAUUCUAUGUGGGAGAAGAACACGACCAAACCAUCGAACAAGUUGACGAAAAGCUCCUGUCCUACCCAUCACGCUUCAUUGCAGAGCAGCUGACUUUUAUGGAUGCUGAUCUUUUUCGGAAACUUGUGCCCAGCCAAUGUUUAGGGUCCAUCUGGUCUCAACGAGGGAAGGAAGAAAAACAGCAUCUGGUAUCAACCGUCCAGGCCACCAUGACACAGUUCAAUAAUGUUACAAAAUGUGUCACCAGCACCAUAUUAAGACCUCAACAGUUGAAACCAUGGCAGACGGCUAAAAUCAUUGAGAAAUGGAUUGAUGUUGCCCAGGAAUGUAGGACUUUGCAGAAUUUCUCGUCAGCGCAUGCAAUUAUCACGGCAUUGCAAUCGAAUAGUGUGUUCAAUUUGAAGAAGACUUGGGCAGCCGUGUCAAAGAGCAGUAAGACAACAUUUGAAGACCUUUCAAACAAUGAAGAAGAUAACUUUGUAGCAAGUAGAGAGCUGCUAAUGGAGGAUAUCGUUCAGGGAAUUGUGCCGUACCUGGGAACUUUCUUAACAGAAUUUUCAGCGCUGGAUUCGGCUUUCCCGAAUUACCAUUCAAAUGGCUUGAUCAACUUUGACAAGAGACAAAAAGAAUAUGAAAUAAUUUUGGGUAUCAAAUCCCUGCAGUUUGCUUGCUCAUCUUACACCCUUCGUCCAAACGAGAAUUUUCUAGACUUGUUCUUUAUGCAACAAUACUUAAGUGAGGAUAGCGAGUACGUAACUGGUAUUGUAGGAGUGUGCAGCUCCUCUGAACUCGAGAAACCGCCAAAGCUCAAAAAGAGUGUGUUUAAACGCCUCAGCUGCCUGUUUUCAAAGAGAGGUGUUAAAAUACACAACACUCAAACUAAAAGCUCUGAGCAGCGAGCAUCCCUUCAGAAUGAGGAUUCAGACGACAGCAUUACCGCAGCCAGCAUUUUAUCAGAUUCCAGCCACUUGGAAAUGGAAGAGCCGAGCACUUCGCAAAAAGCGCCGGAAAAGCCAUUAAGAUCCGUGGAUACUGCCUCCUCUGGAGGUUUAUCCAACAGUGGUGCACCAGCAAAAUCAAAUUAUGACAAAGCCAAGUCUCGUAGGCGUGCAGGUUUGGGCAGCUGCUGGUGUGCAACACGUCGGAGGGACAACCGCCAGAAUGAGAAAAGCUGCCUCAUCCGAGUCAGAUUAGAGGAGGACAGAGCACAAGAAUUCAAAACUAUUUUGGUGACUAAUCAAGAUCGUGUAUCUGAAGUUCUCAACAAAGCCAUCACCGCGCUCAAAUUUGAACCCGAGCGUCCUCAGCAAUUUGCUCUAGCACAGAUCAUUGAAUCAAAUAAAGUGCUCAUACUUCCGGCCGAUGCCAUCCUGUAUUAUGCAAUGAACAAGAAAGUGAAUCAUGACUUCAUCCUGAGAUUCACUGAAAGAAGAUCUUCAUGUCUAUGCAAGUUUUAGCUGCAAUGUUCGAGCCUCCUUCCCAAUGUGAAUCAAUGAGCUCUGGUGAGGAAGGGCUUUAGAGAGCUCACCGCCCUGAUUUUUGAGAGGUCAUAUGUAUUUUAUUUCCUUCUCCUCCUGUAAAUCGCUUGGUGCUCGACAUAGGAUUCACUAAUUAGACAUUUACACAUAACCACUUUAAAAUUAAAAUGGUUCACCAUCGAGGCUAUGCCAACAAUACCAGCCACAGGUAGAAGAGAAAAUCAUCUGAGUUCUUUGUCUAAGUUUGUUUCUAAAAAUAGUGUUCAGUAAAUGUUUUCAAUGUUCUUACAUUUGUUUUAAAUUAAAAAACUUAAAUUGCAA